AUGGUGCAGGGUCUCCGAGCGCGCAGCGUAGAACGGAUUGAGCAAACACUGAGCAACCACGCACCGCAUGGCGUGCUCACACAGGUUCCCGAGAGCUUCGACUGGCACUCCAAGACGUCUCUCUCUGUCCCAAUUUUACACAAGGCGAUGCUGAGGGUAAUGCUACGAGCCGUUAUCGAUGGGAUGAAUCUUCCCGUUCCAGCGCCGACUUUGGACAAAAAGGUAGGAGCACACUACACGGAUACGUUGCGCUCUUCCGGAGCGACUGAAAGCGUGAGUCCGAACGACUCAGUGAUGUGUAAAUCGGAGCGUCAUCGGAAGCCUUUGCGAGUAAGGCCUCGGUUCUAUGAUAUCUGCUUUGCCAAAGCCAGCAAGAGGACCAUCCAGUGGAAAAAUAUCGCCCAGCCUCCAAUCGGACUGACAUCAGGAUCAUCACGCAAAAUGUGCGGGACGUUCGGGAAUGCGACAGGCAGCUAA